AUGAGUUCGAUAUCCCUGUCUUUGGUUCGGGGCCAGACAUCUCAGCUACCCACAAACCAAUUAAGAAACCGGUACACAAGGAUGCUUCACAUGUAUACCACUAUGCAUAAAAAAAAAACCUUUGUUAUAAUUACUUUCACCGUUUUCGCCUGUCGGGAUGCAUUACAGCAUCAAUUCUCAUUUAUUUACAUAUUCAGCGGAUUAGUUUUUGUAGAAUAUUAUGGGGUUGUUGCCCGCCAUGUUGAGGAGUAAAAAAGUAUCGUGCACUUUCAAUGGCAAGGUCUUUAUAUGGCACAGGAGGUUAUUGAGAUAAAGCUCAGCCCUCACUUGGAGAAUUGGGAUAUAUUUGCGCUUCAUAGCAAUGCUUAUUUGUACGAAAAUGAGCCUAUGACCCUCUGCCUUCUGUUUUUCGAUGGAGAGGAAUGUUUUGAGUAUUUCAAAAUUUGUCGUUAUCCUUCAUACGUCUUCGAAGAUUUAGAUGACGAAAACAGUCGUUGUUUGCAAGAUGCUUUUCGUAUAUACGGAGCUAGUCUCGCCGAAUACUGGAACUCGGACGAGAAUAUCGCGGCCCUGGCUAAUGACGAAUAUGAACAAAAACUGCCCAAAGAGCUAUGCCGAAGUCGCUUUACG